AUCAUCCCUCGUUCCUCCACCCACAACCCGAUGCAGUCCUAGAAGCAUCGAUAUCACAACCUCCUUACCCAAUUCCACCAUGGCUUCUGAGCAGCUCGUCUACCAAAACUUCACCCAGGCUAUGACCACUCCCGCCAUGAUCUCGGUCAACCAACUCACCCCUCCUCCCUCCUUCGACCCCACAGCCACAACUAUCAAGAUGGAGGACCUCACAAUACCGCUCAACCUGUCUACCCCGCCUCCACCCUCACUUCCCCCGACAUCACAUCCCACCCCGUCAUCGACAGAGGCUAAGCCAGUCAAGAAGCGGAAAUCGUGGGGUCAGGUCCUCCCAGAGCCCAAGACCAACCUCCCCCCGAGGAAGAGGGCCAAGACCGAAGACGAGAAGGAACAGAGACGGAUCGAGCGUGUGAAGCGUAACCGCCUUGCCGCCCACAACUCGAGGGAAAGGAAGCGGCAGGAGGUAGAGCAACUCCAGGCCGAAAAGGAUAAGCUAGAAGUGGAGCUCAAACAGGCGAAAGCCACAAUGGCCCUGAUGGCCGCACAAAUCCAGGCCUUCCAAGCCAGACACCCCGACGAAGCCUUGGAAUACGUCUUCGACGCGUCAUCCUCCUACACAUCAUCGUCAUCACCCGAGUUCAUCCGGGGAUCGUCGGAAACUGUGUGUCCCCGCCAGACCUCGUUGCCCUCGCCGCCAUCUACCGACUCAGCGACCUCACCCCGCGACGAUUCCUGCCAGCCUGAGACGCCGGCGUACACGGAGAGCGUGGCCACCGACCUCGACCAGACACGAUAUCCUGCAGUGUCAGUCGAGCUCGGCGACCGCCUCCCCAGCCCCGUCUCUCCAAACGACCCUGGCUUCCCCUUUUCCCUCCAGCUCAACUACAACAACAUUGGCGUCGAGGAAAAGCCAAUCGACGACCUCUUCAACUUCGACCAGUUCCCCGACCAGUCUGACGACUCGACCACCACUAGCACCUCUCACAGCAGCCUGGACGCGUCCGACUUCUUCACCACGUCCUUCUUCGACGCGGGCGCCACGAACCCCUACGGCCUCUCGGAUUCCUAUGACGCAAAGACCUUCGACUUGCAGACAACCUCUGGCGCAGCUAACGCUAGCGACGGGGUUCUCGCAGCGGGGAUCUAGCUUCAAGUGGAUCGCGGGGUUGAAAGGGUUCAAGGCGUGCGCGGCGAAGGAGGCUGCUCGGUCGCGGAGUCGGAUGGAAAGGUCCAGUGGGUUUGGGAGCAGCAAAGGUUUCUUGUCGUUGAGUAGGGAAUGGGAAUGGAAAAUGGGAGGGGAAUUGGGUGUCAUUCUCGGCGGAGUUCACUUGGCGUUUGUCACGGUCUGUAGAUUAGGUGAUGAGUACUACGAUGAAAUGAAAGCAUUUGGUGGCUC